ACACAAAGACUCAAGUGGGACUCUUCAAUCUUGUGUUGUGUCAUGUGUGUAUAUACAUUACUUACACAUCUUCAUUAUACAUGCAGCUACAUGAAAGCUAUAAAAUAUAUAUUUACUAUCUCUAUGUGUCCAAAAAUGAGAUGUGCAUUGUUAAACUCGUCCAUCAACUAGCACUUUAACGUGUCAAAAUCUUAUUGUUGUUCUGUCUCAAUCCAACCAUCUGUAUUCCUUAAAUCAAUCACAAAUAUCUCUAAGGCAGCCGCCGCUUCAGAGUUUUUAUUUCAUCAAUUUAAGCUUCUGGGUCACUGCAAAAAUCUAAGCUCUGUUUCUCAGGAGCAAAGGGGAAUGAGAGAAAAAUUCUUUUAAUUAAGCUGUAAUCGAACUAAACACGAGGUGCAUAUCCACUCAAAAGUAGGGGUUUGAGAAGGUACUACGUAUGCAAACCUUAUCCCUACUCGGAGUAAAUAGGUCCACCGGUUUUGCUAGAAAUAGAAAAGAAGAAAAACAACCAGUUCUUGCUAAACAGCUCUUACAGAUUUUUCUAAAUCAACUGGAGAAUCAUUACCUAGGAAAGAAAAGACCAAGAUAAAGGGCAGUAACUAUCACACAAAGCCUCCAUCUCUAAGUGCAAGUGCUCUCUCCGUGGUUACCAUGAUGAAGGAUUAGGAGAAAGCAGAAUUUUUUUGAGAUAAUACAUGAGCUGUGACAAUGUCGGACAAAACCAUAGCUUCAUUAAAUAGCGAUCUCUAUUAUGAUAUAUUGCGACGUUUGGAUGGUGCUAGUUUGGCAAGUGCAGCAUGUACUUGUGCAUCCUUCUCUUCUAUCUCAAAAGAAGAGGUUUUGUGGGAAAAUGUGUGCUCAACUAUGUGGCAAUCAACCCACAGGGAAGAUGUCAAAAGUUUGAUAAAAUCCAUUGGUGGGUUUAAAAAGUUUUAUGCAGAUUGUUUCCCCCUUCUUGUAAACAAAGAAGUACCAGAGUUUCGUUGGAGUAGUUAUGUUGACUAUCCUGAUGAGCUGACUGAGGCUGAAUACUAUGGUGACAUGGAUGAAUUGGAGAAUGUUUCUCCAUCUGAUCUUGUCUCUAUCGUAGAUAUUAAAUAUAAAGAUAAGACAAUCUGCUCGAAAGUCCUCUGGGGCAUUCCUAAUGCAAAUGGAUUUAAUGGCUGGUUUUCCAACUGUCCAUUUCGAAUUGAUCUUCUGGCUUAUUCAGAUAGAGAUAAUGACGAUACUGGUGAAGUCACUCUUUCGGAGACUGAUGGUUUGCCACCAGUAAUGUCAAUGGAAAGAGAGAGGAAAGAUGGGAAGCUCUGGCAAGAACUUCGUGCUGGAAUCCGACUCAGUUGGAUUGUUGUGAACAGAAAACUAAAGCAAGCUGCAAAUCUAUCGAGUUUGAUUCCUCUUGGUGGGCAAAGGCAUUGGCCCACAGACAAGGAUUUCUUAAUACGUUUUGGAUCCGUGCUUCCCUCCAAAGACAUUAUUCCAUGGCAAGUAGUAGAAUGCAUUCUUUUAAUGAAGUUCAGAGUGAUAUACAGUGAUGGGACAGGUGAAGGGCAGACAACUUUGAAAUUAACAGAACUGAGUAUGCAAUUGGGAGAUGUGGAGGGUGCCCAUGUCAAUGGUAGAAACAGUUUACUCAUCCUGAAGGAAUCCUUAAGCUGCCCUCGGAGCAAGAAUUAUAGCGAGGUCCUAGAAUCUUACAAGUUAUACUCAAAAGCACAGAGUGAGCUAAAAGAGGAAAAAAUAAGAAAUGAAAGCAUGUUAGAUAGACUUUGUAUACUAAGUGGAAUUACUGCAUUUGCCACAUUUUGUUAUUAUAUGUUAUGAAGCGGACGUUGUCCGUUUAAGCUGAAUGAUGUCAGUCUGUACAUGUUCAUGUGAUCUUUGACGUAAAAUUUCCUUUUGAUCUAUUAAUAAGAAACCUGCAGAUUCAGUGUA